AUGUUGUCUUCAUCUCGAUUUAACAUCCAUGUAUUACGUGAAGAAGAUCGUAUUCCAGCGUUAACUUUAUUAAUUAAUUCAUUUUUUCAUGAUGAACCAUUAGCUAAAUGUGUUGAAUUAGAAGAACCAAUUGAUUUUGCUAAAACUAUUAUAAAUGAUGCUAUAAAUAAUCAAUGUUCAUUUGUUGCAUAUGAUAUACAAACAAAUCAAUUAAUUGGUAUUUGUUUAAAUGAAAUAAAAUCAAAAGAUGAUCAAUAUAUAAUUAAUGAAACAAAUGAAAAACUUUCUUUUAUUCUUAAUUUACUUCAUAAUAUGCAUAAAAAUAUAAAUCUGUUUGAUAUUUUUCAAACAAAUUCACUUCUUUAUAUAUUUAUUAUUAAUGUUGACAAAAAUUAUCGUGGUUAUCGUCUUGGUUCACGUCUUAUAUCAACUAGUAUUGAAUAUGCAAGACAAAAUCGAAUUAAAGGUGCUUUUGCUGAAGCAACAAGUAUUUCUUCAUUAAAUUCUUUUCAACAUCAAGGUUUUUUAAUUUAUCAUCAAAUUAAUUAUAUUGAAUAUGAUCAAAUUCGUCUUAGUACUAUGAUUGACAAUCAUAAUUCGCAAUGUCAACUUGUUGCAAGAAUACUUUGA